CUUGCAUCCAGUAUUGUUGCUGAGAAGAUGAUCCACCAAAAUAUCAGAUUAAUAGAUAGUGGCAAUGAAUGUAUACAAGUCAGUAAUAAAUUUACACCCAGGGGCCGAUAUAGCAUCACUCCAACUUUUGGAUCUACCUCAACAAAAAUGAAAUGCAAAAGAAAUGGAGAUAGAGGGAAACCCUUGACAGGCCAAUUUUGCAGCAUUAGUUCACAUUUGGCUCACCAAGUCCAGCACGGCUGCUCUGAUCCUCCCCACAUCAAUCCAUUACCUUGCCUGGCAGCAGAAAACCACUUGCAGUAGCAGGGAUGAAACGCCCAUUAGAAUAAUUUUUGCGGGCGUUUCCAUCUCCACAACUAGACAUUGCAUCGAAUGCAAGAUCAUUCAGAGAACCCAAAUUUGAUAAUGACCGAAUUGGUUUUGUCCGCAACAUGAUGUGAGGUUUCUCACAAGUGGAAAGAAAGCACAGAAAUUAGAACGUCAUUCUUUCUUUCUUUCCUUUGCACUGGAAAGAAUGCUGACGGCAGUGCAUAUCUGCGGCAUCGAGAGUUCCUCUCUUGCUAUAUCUCCCUUCCGAAAAUGUCAGAGAUCAGCUUUAUUGCUGCAUGGCAGUCAGCGCAGAUGUGAAGAAGAUUCUUGAAGAUGCGAAGAGGCAUACCAGGCCCUGUGCUAAUCGGACAGAGGCUAUUCUUUCUCUCCUCGCUCAUCACAAUUUUCCCAAGUAAUUAUCCGCGACACCGGGGAUCCGAAAGGCCGCAUCUGGGGAGAACCACUUCAUCCAAGGCAUACACCUUUCAUGCUUGAGGGUGUGAUUUGUCCCCAGCAUUGAACUGGUGCGCUCGUCCAUUGAUUUCAACCAAAACCAAAGCAGUGGAUGGCCUUCACCAAAUAGACCUGCUUUAUGUACAAAAAAAGAAGAAGAAGAGGAGACCUGCUUUGGUGAAAUGGGCAUGGAUCCAACGGCUAGCAGCCGGAUCUCCGGCCUGAGAGCAUGCCGCGAGCAGAGAACGCAAGCUAACGUGGCUAAGAUUUCUUACUGAAGUGUCAGGGAAGAGCAUCUGGUAAAGAGGAGAAACCGCUCUUCUGGGAAGCCCUGCUUCGAUACAGGCAGCGACCAUGCAUGGCCGUCUACGAGACGUUGUCCUUCUGAGGCAUUCGGUCGAACACAUCGAUGAUUGAGGCUUUCCUUUUUUUUUUUUUUUUUUUGGUGAAAAUUGAGGCUUUCCUUCGCAUCGAUGUUUGCCUUCGAAGAAUCCGGACUUCCUCUGUUCGUUAGGGAUAAGUUUUUGAGUAGUUGAGAUGCUCUCUACCUCAGUAUAGGAUUGUAGUGUAGAGAUCCAGCCGCCUCCUAAUCAUGGCCAUCCAUGUGAUGACGUGACUUGUCAUGAUUGGAUCGAUUCCUUGAGACCGAACCUCCCUCCCUAAUUCAACCCUGACAUGGAAAGGGUCUCGGCUCUUCGGGUUUUUCUUGUCUGUCUGUGCGUGUGAUCUUGGCCUAACUCGACCAUCUCGCGAUCACAGAACGGGAUUGGGUUAAACCAGCUCCAAAACUCCUCCCCCGGGUCCCGGUCCAGGUCCAGGUCCAAUUGCCGAUUGCGGCGAGGUUAAAAGCAGAAUGCCGCCUCCCUCCCUUCCUCCCCAAACCCUCGCAGACCAGCCAACCAGCAGAAAUGGCCCUCGCCUCCUCCGCGGCUAAACCCGCCUGCAAAACCCUAGCCCUCCUCCAAGCCCUGAGCCCCAGAAGCCCCAUUCCUGUACCUCUUCUCCUCCAUGGCUUCUCCUCCGCGCCCUCCUCCGAGCCCCCUCCGCCUGGAGACGAGACUGCCGCCGCUGCCGCGGAUGAGGGGCCCGCGGACCCACCCCGGCAGCCGAUGCGCGGAGAGCGGCGGGGCCCUGAGAAGCUGGAGGACACCAUCUGCUACAUGAUGGCCCGGCGGCCGUGGACGACCCGCCUCCAGAACUCGAUCCGUUCGCUGUCCCCGACCUUCGACCGCGACCUCGUCCUCGCCGUCCUCCGCGGCGCCCGCCACCCGGACCACGCCCUCCGCUUCUUCCGGUGGGUCGAGCGCACUGGCUUCCGCCACGACGCCGCCACCUAUGGAGAGAUCGUUUCCAUCCUCACCCGCAACUCGAUGCUCAACCACGCGCGCUGUCUCAUCCUCGAGGACAUGCCGACGCGCCUCGUCGAACGCGACGAGGACAUGAUCGCCGACCUCAUCGCCGGCUACGGCCGCGCCGGCAUCCCCCAGGAGGCCGUCAAGAUCUUCCGCAGGAUGCCCGAGCUCGGCGUCGCCCGCACCGUCCGCUCCUAUGAUGCCCUCUUCAAGGCCAUCCUCCGCUCAGGCCGCGUUAUGAUGGCCAAGCGGGUCUUCAACUCCAUGAUCCGGGAUGGCGUCGCGCCGGCGGCAUCCACCUACAAUACAUUGAUAUGGGGUUUCUGCCUCUCCGUCAAGAUGGAGACGGCGAAGAGGUUCUUUGCCGACAUGAAGGAGCGGGGACUAGCGCCGGAACUGGCGACCUACAACACUUUGCUCGACGGUUGGGUUCGUGCGAAGAAGAUGGACGAUGCCGAGAAGGUGUUCGAAGAAAUGGCCGCUGCCGGUCUGGCGCCGAAUUCGAUCUCCUACAAUAUAAUGAUCAAGGGAUACGUGUCGGCGGGCAAGGUCGACGAUGGGUUGCGGUUGUUCGGCGAGAUGAGCGCCAAGGGACUGAGGCCCAGCGAGAAGACUUUCGCGGGACUGAUGCCGGGGCUCUGCGAUGAUGUCGGGAGGACAGAGGAGGCUCGGAAGGUUUGGAACGAGAUGGCGGAGCGCCGGCUUACGCCAAAGGAUAAGUCGAUAUUCUUGAGAUUGGUAUCUUCUCUGUGCAAGUCGGGUGACUUGGAUGGGGCAUUGGAAGUUCACCGGAAAAUGGGGCAGUUCAAACAUGUGGUAAAAGAUCCGGUGCAGUACAGCGUUCUGCUCGAGAGCUUGUGCAAGGGAGGGAAGUAUGAGGAUGCCAUUGCCACGCUCGAUGAGCUUCUUGAAAAGGGGACGCUGCAGGAUCCCCGGACCCCGGCUCUGGGGGACUCGGCUUACAAUCCGAUGAUCGAGUAUCUAUGCGGCCACGGUCAGACGAAGAAGGCGGAGGCCUUCUUGAGGCAGUUGAUGAAAAAAGGGAUAGAUGAUAAGAUCGCAUUCAGCAAUCUGAUCCGGGGGCAUGCAGAAGAGGGGGUGCCGGAGUCUGCAUUCGAGAUGCUCGGCAUCAUGACCCGCCGCGGGGUUGCGACUGAUGCCGAUUCCUACGCCUUGCUCGUGGAGAGCUUCUUGAAGAAAGGAGAGCCUGCUGACGCCAGGACGGCAUUGGAUAGCAUGAUCGAGCAGGGGCACCUGCCGAGCCCGUCUCUGUUCCGAUCGGUGAUGGUUGGGCUGUUUGAUGAUGGCCGAGUCCAGACAGCGAGUCGGGUGAUGAAAAGCAUGAUAGAGAAGGGGGUGAAGGAGAACAGGGACGUGGUCCAUAAGAUCCUAGAAGCACUCCUCAUGAGGGGUCAUGUGGAGGAGGCUCUGGGGCGCAUCAAUCUCAUGAUGAUGAACGACUCCGUUCCUGAUUUUGAUGGCCUGCUGGCUGCUCUCUGUGACAGCGGAAAGGCGAUUGAAGCCCUCAAGCUGGCGGACUUGGGGCUGGAGAGGGACUGCGACAUCAGCUUCUCGAGCUACGACCGGUUGCUGGACGCGCUCUACACUGCAGGGAAGAUUUUGCCGGCAUAUUCAAUCCUGUGCAAGAUCAAGGCAAAGGGAGGGGUCGUCGAUAAGAAGGGAUGCGAGGCGCUGAUAACCAGACUCAACGAACAGGGGAACACCAAGCAAGCGGAUAUCUUAUCAAGGAUUCUAGCGGGGAAGGCACCCUUGGAAUCUAGGAAGGGUGAAAAGGUUGCGGCCCACCCAUGUUGAAGCGGUUGGGAUUGGAUCGUCUGCAACCCGGCCUUUUGCGCUUCUUUGUUUGUUUGUUUCUCUUGGAUCCAGGAGUUGGAAAUGCAGCAUUAGAACCAGUUGAAUGCUGGCUGGUAACUGCUGUGAUUUCGUUUUAGAAGAUGGACGGUUUCUCCAUUACAUGCUCCAUUAAAAUUGUUUGUUUUAAUCUGCAGAAUUGAUGUCGAGGUUCUUUGGUA